AUGGCUUUACAAGAUGUAUGCAGUUUGCAGGAACCCCCUCUGUUUCCUCAAUGGACAGCUCCACUCUCACACUUCUUUAUGCCCGAAAAUACCUCUCAUCUUAAUGGAGGAUGGAGUCAUGGAGAAGCUUGUUCUUCCUGGAUGCCUAGGGGGGGCGGUGUGAGUCCCCUAGAGUUUUACAUGCCGGUUGCCAAGUACCUCACAGAGAGUCCUUUAAGAUUUGGCCAAACAAACCUCAUUUCAUCCACCACAAAUCUACUGACUGUUGACCAUCUACGCCCCUCAUUACCGUCCGUCUCUCUUCCUACACCAACACCCUGCUCAAUCUCUCCGGCCGUCCCUUUGCCCUUCACUCUCUCUCACGGCACUACAACUUUGGGCUUUGCGUUUCAGGGAGGGGUGAUUGCUGCAGCCGACACUCGCUCCAGCUGUAAGGGUCUUGUGGCCUGCCCUUCAUCCCCGAAGGUCCUACCCAUCCAUUCUCACCUGGUGGGUACCACAUCUGGAACCUCGGCUGACUGUGCCCUCUGGAAACGCAUCCUGGCACGAGAGCUCAGGCUGUAUCAGCUUCGACAUCGCAGGAGGCUGUCAACAGGGGGUGCUGCCAAACUGCUGUCCCACAUGUUGCACCCGUUUAAAGGCACAGAGCUGUGCGUCGCUGCUACCCUGUGUGGAUGGGAUGGGGAUGGAGAAACCGGUGCAGAUGAGGUCACAGUCACAGAAAGAUAUGCAAAUACUCAGGCUACUGUGAAGAGGAACACAAACACUCAAAGAGUAGCAAGCAAUUCAAGAAGCCAAUCAGACUUAAGUGUAGGCCUUUCGAGAGUGUCUGGCCCACGUGUUGUUUACGUGUGCAGUGAUGGGCUAUGUUUGAAGGGGGAGCUGUUCUCAGUGGGAUCUGGAUCACCUUACGCAUACUCGAUCCUCGACAGCAGUGUUUACUGGGGUAUGAGUGUAGAAGAGGCAACUCUAGUCGCUAGAGAGGCUGUAUACCGUGCCACACACAUGGAUGCAUACUCAGGCAAUAACGUUGAUCUCUAUCAUGUCACUGCCAAAGGAUGGAGGCGCAGACAGAGGGAAGAUCUGAAAGAGGAAUAUUACAAAGAGAAAGAGAGGGAGAGAAAGAGGGUAGAGGAGAGGAAAACAGAGGAGACUGUGAUGGUUAAAUGA